UACUUGAUCUGUCAGUCGAUAAGACGAGUGUAUAAAAAAGAGUAGAAUACCGAAACAAAAAAAGUGGAGCGUGUGAUCUUUUUAGCCGUUAGAAAUAGAACCUUAUUUUUUUUCCAGUGUUGUGUGGCCCUCGUCUUUGUAGUAGGAAUGCUGGGAGUGGGCUGAAAAUAAUUUCGUAUUCACAGACGUGGAUCGAUUCACCGCCUGUUUGGUCGCCGAGACGAGUAGACGAGACAAAGUUUUUUUUUUUCAAAUCGACUCAUCUGUUGAAAAGAGAACACUUUAUUCUAGUGCACUGUGCAAUUAAUCCAUCCCAACAUAUCAGCAGACUAGAUGGAGCGUCGCUGGAAGAAGAUGGCGUGAUACACAACUAAGAAGAAGUUAUACUAUAUCGUUGCGAAACAUGAAUCUAAUCCAGCAGCAGCAGCAGGGUAGCAGCAGCAGCACUAGCACCAGCACUGGAGGAGAACAUCAAGGAGCCAUUGAGAACAAGAUGGUCGAGAGUCAGCCCUCCUGUUCCCGGCAAUCCUCGCAGGACGAUGCCGACUCUUCUUGCGCAGUUGGCGUCAAGCAGUCACCAUCAGUGAGCGAUGACGGCGGGAUGAAUCCACCCAUCAAUCUUCCGGCCAGCCUGGAGAGUUUACCAAGGGCCGAACAUUUCCCAACGCAGAGGCAUCGCUGGAACACCAAUGAGGAAAUUGCGGCCGUGUUGAUCAACUUUGAACGACAUCCCGAGUGGCUCUUCAAAGAAGUCAAAAUCAGACCCAAGAGUGGCUCUAUGUUGUUAUAUUCGCGGAAGAAGGUGCGAUACCGCCGCGACGGCUACUGCUGGAAGAAGCGCAAGGACGGCAAGACGACGCGAGAAGAUCACAUGAAACUCAAAGUGCAAGGAACAGAGUGCAUCUACGGCUGUUACGUCCACUCGGCCAUCUUGCCUACCUUCCACCGGAGAUGCUACUGGCUCCUGCAGAAUCCCGACAUUGUGCUGGUCCACUAUCUCAACGUUCCCUACCCGGACGACGCCAAGCUCCUGGUGGUGGCCAGCGUCUCGCUCUGGGCCGAGCGCAAGGAAUGGAGCAAAGACGAGCUCAUCUCCCAGCUGAGACCCAUGUUUUUGAGCCAGGACGAGCCCAAUCUGAACAACGAACUGGAAGUUUCUACGGCCGAGACGGUGGAGGCCAUCGUCAGUCAGCUGAUGGAGAAGCAGAGGCUGGCCAGAUCGGGCGGUGGGAUCGGUGCCGUUCCAGUGGCUGUCAACGGACACGUGUCGAAUUUACCUCAGCGUCAGCCUCAGCCACUUCAGACGGCUGUAGGAGGGCGGGGUAGUAACAACCGAUCAUCCAACGGCGCCAUGGAGCCCCAGGCCCAGGUCCAGGUCCACCACAAUCACAAAGUGGGCGCGGAUGCAUCGAGUCACAACGAUUUGGCGGCCGGCCACAGCCUUCCACAUUCCCUUCGGCGGCUCUCUAAUGGCGGGGGAGGCAGCUCCUUUAUCCGCCUGGAACCGCGACCCGCUCCGUCACAUUCCAACAACAUCCAGCAGCGUCAGGCAACGCCGACUGACAGCGCCGUGGGGCGGGCGGCUCCUAGGGCGGAGGCGACUGGAUUCGGUCUGGGAAGAGGCGGAUCGCCGCCAACGUCCCAGAUCUCUUCGUCGUCGUCCUUGUCUUCCUCUUCCGCUCCGUCUUUCCACACCGAGCAGCUCCAUCAUCACUCUGAGCCGGUGCCGUGCCAGCAGCAGCAGCAGCAGGAUCAUCAGCAGGAUCAUCAGCUCCAGCAGCAGCAACAGCAGCAGCAAAUGAUCAGCGCCAAACAGGAAUCGCUCGAUUCCAACUAUUAUUACUCUUCUAAUAAUUGCAACAACCCUGGGCAACAACAGCAACAGCAACAACAGCAGCAGCAGCAGCCGACCCCGCAUCCGCCACCUACGCCUGCCGCUCCGGCUGUAAUCAACUCGACGACAAUGAAUUUCAUGGAUCACGGAAGCGGCGGCGAUCAAGGCAACACGUUCCCAUCCUUCUACUCGCUCAUCAACGCUAAUAACGCCGCCAGGCGGGCCGACGAAAUGCUUUCCGGUCACGGAUAUAGGUUGCCGAUGGAUUGUCUGUUCAAUGAGACGCUGGAUCUUUCGCAGGACGACAUCCAGCGGACGCUGUCGGCCAACCUGAGCCACGAGACGGCGUUCCAUUGCAGCGGAGGCGGCGGCAGCGGAAGCAACGACGGUGGAGCCUCGUGUAGUGACGGCGGACUGGGCAGAUCGAUCCGGUCCGUCGAAACGACGGCCGAGGAUGACCUGCUGGUCAAUCUGGACGCCUUUGAUAUGUUGACGGAGUUCUCAGACUUGGAUUGCCAUGACACUAUCGACUCUCUCAUCUCCAUCCAAGCCGACGGAGCCGGCGGAGGAGGAACAUCUGGAUCGCCGUCUGACGGCUCGGAUGGAAAAGACCUUAAUGGAAUCCACGCAAGGAUCCAUCAGCUCAAAGACAUGCCCUCACCCUCGACCCUAUCGGCGACAGGCGAUCCUUUACUGACAUCCAUUACCGAUUUCUCACCGGAAUGGGCACCCACCGAGGGCGGUGCCAAACUCCUCAUUACAGGAUCGUUUUGUUCACCAACGCUCAGUGGCUCCUACAGCGUUUUGUUUGAUGGAAUUGCAGUCCCAGCUGUUUGGGUCCAGUUGGGAGUUUUGCGAUGCUUCUGCCCUCCUCACAGUCCUGGAAGAGUACAACUGCAGGUCGUCCGUCAAGGAUUGUCCAUCACCCAGCCGGCCAUUUUUGAAUACCGGCAGGUGUCAGCCGCGUCCAAUACUUGCCAGGAAGGAUCGUCAACUGCCCAGUGGACGAAUUCCCUGCUGUCGUUGUUGGUGGGCCGGCUGGAGUCGCUAGGGACGCAUUUGAACGUUCAUGGAUGCGGCAUCGAGCAGCUGUUCAGCAGUUUGAGGGCCUAUCUGGAAAGUGGCGAGGUGGAAUUGCAAAGCGCCGAGGAGCAGCUGGUGUCCAUCUGCCGUCAGCUGGUGACGAAACGUUGGCGACCCGGUCCGCAUCAGCAGUCGGCAGCCGACGAUCCUUCGUCCAAUACCAACGGGACACAGCAGCAGCAGCAGCAGCAGCAGAUGAACCUACUCCAUCUGGCGGCCGCUUUGGGCUUAUUGCGAGUCCUGUGCACCUUGCUCAACUGGCGACUGGAGAAUUCGUCGCCAGCCCUGGAACGCGAGAUGAGUCCGCUGGCCAGCGACCAGCAGGGCUACACUCCGCUCAUGUGGGCCUGCUCCCAGGGUCACCGUGACGUGGUUGCCCUCCUGGCCCAGUGGGAUCCAUCGGCUCUCAACGUCCACGAUCGGUCGGGCAAGUCCGCCUGGGAUGUGGCCCGCCAAAGGGGUCACCAUUCGCUGGCGGAAGAACUGGAAACGCGAAGGAUCUUGUCAGUCAGGCGUUCAACGGUGGAGCCACAGCAGCCGCUGCCUCUGCCUCCGCCUCAACUGGCCCAGCUCAACAAACCUAGUCCCAGUAAACCGGCCGAAUCGGUCGCCGCCCGCCAAAUGUUGUUGGCCAAACGAUCCUCUGUCGACUCGGUGCCCAAUAACAACAACAACAACAACAACGAGCCACUAGGCCACAACCAUCAAGGCUAUUGGCGAAGGCCCAACGCGGCCAAAGCUCACAAACUUUCCAGGGACGACCGCAGUUAUUCGCUUCCGCUGGGUGGGGCCGGCCAGGCUUAUUCUAGCGGCCGCAACAGCACCGGGAGCAACAUAUCGGGUCUUGCUCACGAUCCUUCGCCUUCACCCCACACGAUGGAUUCGUCCAAUACAUCUUCUUUGAACGGCGGCUCAUCGAGCUUCGAUGGCGGGCUGGAUGGCCUGGUCGGCCCGUGUUACAGCCCGUGUUACAGCGCCGACAUCGAAGGCUUGGAGUCGGGAGACGAUGGAUUGCUCGUCGACAACUCGUCAACCUGCUCCUCAUCAACCCAAGCUGCUCCCUGCUCCUCCGCCGCAGGUGGUGGCGUCCGAUCUGUCGGCGGCGGAGCCGGCGGUGUCCGGCGGGAGAGCGUCAACUCGGUCGACCUCCAUCAGCAGCACCUGUCGCCGUUGACGAGCAUCGAGCAAAACACUCGGGUCCUGACGCUGGCCGAGCAAAUCAUCGCGGCCAUUCCCGAUCGCAUCAAAAACGAAACGGAAGAGAUGGUGGUCGGCUGGAGCCCCUGCAUGGAAUUGGAGAUCAGCAGCGUCGUCAGCGAAGUGCAGAGUAUUGAAGGAUCCAUCGACUUGGCCAUCGUUGCCGACGCCCCGCCAUCUCUGGACGGCAACGACUUGACGUUUGAAUUCAGUGAUCAACAGUACAGGUAUUGCGAAACGGCGACGCCCAGCUCAAGUUUGUCUCCAGCGUCGUCCAGCUGCCUCCAAUCACCGUGUUCCUUCUCGGUCAAUUCACCUUCACCGCCGCCCACCACGGCCGAUUUCAGUGAAUUCCUCCAGGCUUCUGCCAGUUUAUUUGUUCGCGAUUUUUCUAACUUGACGCUGUCGGAUCACGAACAACGCGAACUCUACGAGGCGGCCAAGACCAUCCAAAAGGCCUAUCGAUCCUACGUAGGACGCAAGAGGGCCGAGGAGCAGGAGAAGGAACGGGCAGCCGCCGUGAUUAUUCAAAACUAUUACCGGCGUUACAAACAGUACGUCUACCUGAAGCAGAUGACCAAAGCGGCCGUCGUGAUCCAGAACCAGUUCCGCUCCUACUACGAGCACAAGCGCUUCAAGAAGAACAUGGAGUCGCCGUCGACGUCGUCGGGCGCCAAUUCCGCCAGUUGCAACGGCGGAGUGGGAAUUUCAUCGUCGGCAGCCGCCGUGGCCGCCGCUUACCGCAACUACCGCGAGUCAUCCCUGUCGGCCAGCUCGGCCCGCCAGAGCCGCGAAGGCACACCCACCUCAUCGGCCCUCAAACGGACGUACUCUCAGCGGCGGCAGCACCAGGCGGCCAGGAAGAUCCAGCAGUUCAUGCGCCAAUCCAAGAACAAUCUGCUGGAUGUUGUGGUGAAAUCGGUUGCAGAGAGAGAGGGCGCUACUGCGGGCGGCCGAGUCUCAUCCAGCAGAGAAGCCAGCGGAUCAUCAACAACAACCACACAGAGUCCCGGCAGCGGCAGCAGUCCCAGCAACUCCAGUUCCAGCGUUGGAUCCGUCGGAAGUUCCAUGACCUACCACAAUCUGAAUUAAA